UCUUCGAUUCACUCGCGCUGAAGGCUCGGUUCGGCUCGAACUCUGAAAUAUGCAAAGUGCACGCCUUUUUCUCCAUGCUAAUUUGCUGCCACCUUCUCGCACCUUCAUUAUUGUGCUCACAAAUCCACACCCACUCCAAUAACGACUCAACAACACAACUAAAGCACAACCACAAUGGCCCCACAGAGCAAGAACGGACUUGACCUUUCCAAGCCCAUUGGCACAAAGCCAGGCUUCCAUGAUGUCGUCAUCUUCCGCGGAGGAGGCACAAACCAUCACCCUGGAUCCAAGGCUUGGCGUGCCAUGGUCGAUGAGCGCAAGAUGGACUACAUCUACGCCAAGACACAAAAGCAGAAGCGCGCCAUUGUCAUGGAGUGCAUCCAUGAACAUGAAGCCAGCGGUGGCCGCUAUGUCGGCCAAUACGAAGGUGUGUACUAUGUCGCCACCGAAAAGAAGACGUAUGCCAAGACCAUCCAAAGGCUCCGCGAGCGAAGCAAGGAGUACCAAGAAAAGAUCGAAAAGAUGAUCCCCGAAGAGGAAACCAAGGAUCUGAAAGCGUCACCCGCCAGCCCUACCGAAACCAUUUUGACGCAGGACGACGCAGAGGAGCUCUGCGGUCUCUUCCCCGUGAAUGAUACUCCUUUGAAUUGCCUUUUCCACAUGCCUGCCGCCUUCGACGACGGCCUCCUCCACUUCUACCCCGUUGACUUCCCCGUUGACUUCGCCUGUGAUUCUGCGGCUGUGGUCGUUUCGGAUGACGACGACAUGUCCACCGGCACAGACUUCUCCGAGGUGUGAAGGGACGUCCCGCCUUUCCUUCCUCACCUCUUCCUCCUUUCCUUCCUCUCCUCCUUGUGCGUGGUGCCGACGGGGUUAAUGCGGCUAUUCACCACCAAUACAAUAGAUAAACUAGCUAGAACAUGCAUGUUGCACAUCCAAGUC